CUGAGAUUUGGGGAAUGCACAGCUGAUGAUGAUCCUAGCUGGCCCUGAGAGGUCUCUGUCCCUGGCCAGGCUUGUUGACUUGUUGACUAUUGGGUAGCAGUGUGUGCCAGGUCCAGGAGUAGUCCUCAAGACAGAGCAUAGGGGUGGGUGCAGAGUGAUGACAGGCAGCAGAGAAUCUCUGGUUUCAGAUAUAGAAAGUUCCCUUUUACCAAACCUCACUGGUCACUGGGUGGGGACAAAGGUCCACAUAGGUGGCCCAAUUACAGCUGUACACUGUUGACUCUCCUUGGACACCGGACCUAGCAUGGCCUUCAGAGGAGGCAGAUGUCCCCUCUCUUCUCUGUUGAUAUUCUCUGAGCCCCUCCUGGGCACCAGCUGCCACGCCGGGAGCUGGGAACACAGUGGAGACCUAGCAGCCUAGCCUGCCGUCAUGGAGUUCAUGGUCUAGUGGGAAGACGGGAGUUAGCUGAGCCUUCCUGAGGUGCCGCCAACGGCACGGCCAGGCCAGCAUGGUGGACCACUUGCUGCCAGUGGACGAGACCUUCUCGUCGCCGAAAUGCCCAGUUGGUUAUCUGGGUGACAGGCUGGCCAGUGGGCGGGCGUACCACAGGCUGCCCUCGCCCCUCUCGGAGGAUGACAGCGACGCCUCCAGCCUCUGCUCCUGUGCCAGCCCAGACUCACAAGCUGUCUGCUCCUGCUACAGUGGUGGGCCAGGUGCUGAGGGCCAGGACAGCAUCUUGGACUUCCUGCUGUCCCAGGCCACACUGGGCAGUGGUGGCAGUGGUGGCAUUGGGGCCACCGGUGGUUCCAUGGCCUGGGGGGCCUGGCGGAGGGCACCGACACCUGUGAAGGGGGAGCAUUUCUGCUUCCCCGAAUUUCCUGUGAGUGACCCUGAUGACGUCCCAAGGCCCUUCCAGCCCACCCUGGAGGAGAUUGAAGAGUUUCUGGAAGAGAACAUGGAGCUGGGAGUCAAGGAGGCCCCAGAGAGCAACAGCAAGGACGCAGAGGCCUGUGACCAGCUCUCAGCCGGGCCACACAGGAGCCACCUCCAUCCCGGGUCCAGUGGGAGAGAGCGCUGCACCCCGCCUCUGGGCAGUGCCAGUGUGGGCGGCAGCCAGAGCCCGGGUGGGGGGCCUGCAUCUGAUGGCCCUAUCCCAGUGCUGCUACAGAUCCAGCCUGUGCAGGUGAAGCAGGAGUCAGGCACGGAGCCUGCCUCCCCUGGGCAGGCCCCGGAAAGCGUCAAGGUGGCCCAGCUCCUGGUCAAUAUCCAGGGUCAGACCUUCGCACUUGUGCCCCAGGUGGUGCCCUCCUCCAAUGUGAACCUGUCAUCCAAGUUCGUGCGAAUUGCCCCUGUGCCCAUUGCUGCCAAGCCCAUUGGGUCGGGACCCCUGGGCCCUGGCCCCACCGGCCUACUCAUGGGCCAGAAGUUCCCCAAGAAUCCGGCAGCAGAACUCAUCAAAAUGCACAAAUGUACUUUCCCUGGCUGCAGCAAGAUGUACACCAAAAGCAGCCACCUCAAGGCCCACUUGCGCCGGCACACAGGCGAGAAGCCCUUUGCCUGCACCUGGCCGGGCUGCGGCUGGAGGUUCUCCCGCUCCGAUGAGCUGUCGCGGCACCGGCGCUCGCACUCGGGGGUGAAGCCCUACCAGUGUCCUGUGUGCGAGAAGAAGUUCGCACGGAGCGACCACCUCUCCAAGCACAUCAAGGUGCACCGCUUUCCUCGGAGCAGCCGCUCAGUGCGCGCGGUGAACUGAGCGCCCGCCUGCCCCCGCCCCCUCCCCCUCUCCCGCCCCGUUAUUUUGUAGCAAUAAUUUAUUUGCCUCUUCAGAGGGACGUGACAAUGUUGCCAACCCACCUUCUGAAGCCCAGGAGGUGCAGGAAGAUGGGGGCUUGCCUGGGAGGCGGGAACCCAGAGCCCCCAGCCCGCUGCCUUUCCUAGGAAGACCUAGAGCCUCGCCCGCGUCCCUGGGGGCUGGCACCCCGUCCCCCCCCCCCC